GGAUGUGCCAGCAUGGAUAAGGAGGUUGAAGAGAGAAACUGAGAUCUCUUCUAUGCAGUAAUAGCGUAAUGUUUCUGGAAGGAAUGUUUAGUAUCCAUUGUACCUGUGGGAGAAAUUGUGUUUCUCCGCUACCGGGGCUUUAUGUAAUUUCUGUUGAGUCAUUACGGGGUAGAUUUGGGAGCAGAUCUUUUCUCCAAGUUGUGUUUUUAUUACCAUGAGGUGAGGAGGAUGCUUGUGUCUAUGGUGACACUGUGCGAAGGGUCGCGCCCUUGUUGUUGUUGUUGUUGUGGUGGUGGUGGUGGUGCGAGGAUGCAUAACUGGCCUGAUCACCCAGGGUGUGCUCCUGUGGUUUUUGUUAGUGACCAUGUAGGAUCCUUGAAGAGGAUGUUGUGUCUGUAUUUUGUUUUCUUUUUCUACUUAGUGAUAUGUGAUCUACGGGGAUCAUAUGGUGUUGCAUCUCCUCUGUAGUGGUGUCUGCUAUCUGCUGUAGGUCUGUUGUUGUAAAAUUGAUUUUUUCUUUUCCUUGUCCUGCUGGCCAUCCCAAAAAAUUUUUUUUGUGAUAGCUGGGAAGGGGGUUGGAUUUUAGAAUAAAUUUUUAUCUCAGAACAAAUGAAUAUGUAUCUGCAGACGACGUUCUCGGCUCAUAAAAUAAUACUGAGCCUGACAGAUUUUUUUUUUUUUUACCCGUUUUCAGCAUGUCCUCUGCAGUGUAUGCCUGUUGGCUUUGCCCAGAAAAAUUCAAAACCAACCGUGACAGGAAAAACCAUUUGAUUUCCAGGCCACAUGAGCGGAUGAGGGUUAUAUGUCCUUUCUGCCCCGUUCGUGAUGGUAAGAGAGAGAAGUCCCUGAGGAGGAUGACCGACCUGAAAGUUCACGUUUUAGAAGCCCACAAAGAGGAACGUAGAGUUAAGGGGGUGCCGUCUGAUUUCUUCUCUGAGGCCAACGGCUUUUGGAUGUCCCUCCAUCCAGUGGACUAUAGAAAGCUAAUAAACCCAAAUCCCUGGAGGAGUGAAGCUGCCACUAGGGCAAGGAUGGAAAUGGUGACAUGGACAAGGAACAACAGUUUGAGCCGUCGAAGACUGCAGGAGCUGGAACAAGGGUGGGAGGUUGCCAGGAGUUCUUCCCUCACACCUGAAGAACUGUUUAGGCCGGAUUAUUCUGAGGAGAUGGAAGAGGAUCCCUGCCCAGUGACCAAAAAACCUAGAGGGUAUUCUCCAUCCAAGCCCGAACUGGACGAGAAGUUCACCAUCAAAGCCAUCAACAUUGAAGGGGGAUUACUCAGAGUUCACGUGUUAUCGGAGGAAGACGAAGUUUUCAAUGUGGUGAUGACAACGGAGGCUAGCAGAAAUCCCCAGAUUCUGUCUUCAGUCAUGAGGAAGUCACAGACCAUCCGGAGGGACCCGUUCUUUCAACUCCCAUCACUGUUCACUCCUGUUAAGUCGCCUACUCUUUUGAAGGAGAUGUCCAAGAUGCUUGGGGUCGAUGAAAGAUUGGUGGAAUCUAUCAGGAAGGGUACUUCCCCACCAGUCUAUGUGCCAUCUAGUUCUUCACCUGCUGGCUCCCAGGAAUCAGGAAUCUUGAUACAAGCUGCUGAAUCCCGAACUACGUUGGAUCCCUCCUCUGAAAAAGCUGAACCUCUUCUGGCAAUUCCAGUGGCAACUGUGACAGACAUUUCUCCAUCUGGUGAUGCCUGCCCGGAUCCAGUCCAGCCAGCUGAAGCAGAGAUACCUACUCCUCCUGUCGUCUCCCAGUCUUCUGUCUCCUUGUCUAAUUCACAAGCUUUAACUUCUGGAGAGUCUGUUCUUUCAGCAGAGGUGUUCCCUGUUCCAGAGCUGUCAGAUGCUGUUCUUCCUGACUUUGAGCAAUCUAUUUUGUACCAGCUAGCUGACCCUGCAGCACUGAGCAAAGGCGUUCUUUCCACUACGGAAGCCGCAACCACCCAUUCAGAACUUACAUCUAGUCGGCCCAAUGAAUCCAGCGAUCCCCCUUUGUCCCUUUCACCACCAUCUGUGACAUUAUCUCUCUUGCCUCCAUCUAUUUCGUCAUCAGAAGAGUCUGACGUUUCCAUAGUGGGCAACCUUGCAACCUUGGAGAGGGCACGCAACUUACUUGAAUUUGGAGUCAUGCCACUUUUACCACCAGCACGAAGAAAUUGGCAGGGAAUAGGUGCCUUCGAGAUCUCCAUGAAUAGUGCAGUCAUAAGUUGGCCACCAGCUGGCUGGGAGGCGUUCACCCCAGAUCAAAAAUUGCAGGCCUGGGAAUUUGCAGCACUUCAACUUGAGACCAGGGGCAUCCUCUCAGCUGAAAGUUUCUCUUUUUCCAGAUCGCAGCUCCUCUCUCGUUACAACAUGUUAUGCUUGCCUGGAUCUGCGAAACCCUCUAUGUGCUCUGGUGAUGAAGUUGACCGGAAGUUGAGGUUUUACAAUUACAAGAAGCUUAGUGUUAUUGCUAUAAAGGGCGUAAGGAGUGCAGAUGAUGAGGAUUUUCUGUGUUUGGUGGAGGCUGCAUCAUUGAAGAGGACAAAGAGACUCGACAAAGUGAUAAAUCAAAUAAGAUCUAAAAAUGUUCCUGUCAGACUUGCUUAAUGUGAAAUCUUACUCUAAAAUUCAGGAGAAUUUUGUAUUUUUAAGUGGGGGGUGGUGUAACAUAUGAGACCUCGUGUGCUAAUUUUCAUGUUAAAGUAUGUCCAUUCUGGAUAA